AGAGUUAGUAUUGUUGCAUGUUCAUCAGAACUAUAUCCACUGAAAUUAUUUCGAAUGUCUUCCAACAAAAAAAAAUCUAAAUGUAAAAAUUGUGCAAAAUAUGAUACUAACAACACAUGGUGGUGUAAGCCUUGUAAUGCUGAACGUUUUCGAGAAGACUUUUCAAAAUGGACAAGUGGAAAUGAGUUUGUUGAUAAAUUCAUACAAAAUGCACAAUUAAGUGCUCGAAAUAGAGAAGAAGUAAUAGAAUGGAUACCAUAUGAAAAAUUUCAAAAUGUUGAAUAUAUUGCUCAGGGAGGAUUUAGUAAAAUUUUUAAAGCAGAUUGGCCUAAAGGAAGAAUUAUUUGUUCUGGUAUUAAAACUACAAAAUGGUGGAGAGAGGAUAGAACUAUUCAGGUCGCUUUGAAAAGUAUAAACGAUUCCAGAAAUAUUAUAAAAGAAUUUUUGGAAGAGUUACAAAAUCAUCUUAAAUAUCUCCAUUACUUCUCGGAUGAAACCUCUCAACAUAAAGCUAGUAGGCUUUUAAUCCAUGGAAUAACUCGAGAACCUUCAACAAAUAAUUUUACGUUGGUAACAGAUUAUAUGGUCAGAGGUUCUCUUCGUACUCGCUUACAAAACCCCGAUCUACCACAAUUUGAAUGGUCUUCUGUCUUAUUAAGUUUACGUGAUUUAUCGAUAUGUCUCUCAUUAAUGCAUGAAGCUGGAUUAAUUCAUAGAGAUAUACAUUCCGGUAACAUAUUGUGUGGAUUUGUUGACCUUCCUUAUCUAGCAGAUUUUGGAUUAUCACGUAAUCUAAGCUAUGGAAAUGAGGAAAAAAUAUUUGGUAUAUUACCUUAUGUUGCACCCGAAGUAUUAAAUAAACAACCUUAUACACAAGCUGCAGAUAUUUAUAGUUUUGGAAUGAUACUAUGGGAAUAUUUAUCGCACGCUCCUCCAUUUAGUGACAGAGCUCAUGACUUAAAAUUAUGCUUAGAUAUUCAAAAUGGAUUGAGGCCAAAAAUUUUAUCUGGUACACCAACGAUUUAUGCAAAUUUAAUGAAACAAUGUUGGGAUGCAAAUCCUGAAAAAAGGCCGACAGCUCAACAAGUCAGAGAAAUUAUUUUUGAGUGGCAUACGGCUUAUGUUCUUUAUAGAUCUGACAAACCUCUUACAAAAGAACAAGAGGAAUUUGGAAAAAUUUUUGCUGCCGCUGAAGAGUAUAGACUUAACAUUGGACAUGGAGGUGCUGGGAAGGGUCAAAUUGUAGGAUUUGCCAAACAUCCUGAAGCUUGGACAGUAAGCAGAUUGUUAGAUUUUUCUUUCCUUGAAAAAAAUCCACAAAAACCAGAAUUAGAAAUUGUAGAUGAAGAAAAGGAGAUAUUAGACAAAACAGGUUAUUUAAUUACAUAUAGAAGCACUCAACUACUUGAAAUUCCUGAUGAAGAUUAAUUUAAUAACGAUUUUCCAUUGUUAGUAGUAAAAUUUAAUUUAUAGAAGUGAUUGAAUUCUUUGGAUUGAAUAAACAAAAAUUAAUUUGUGAUUCAUUCAUUAAUUGUACAAAUUAAGAAUUGGUUGGUCAUGUUCUUACUAAUUAUGUUCUAAACUUGGAUACGAAUCAGAUAUAUUUUAUAGCC